AUGGCAACCUUCGGCUCGAUGCGUUUCGGAAAGAAUUCAGUGCAAGGCUUAGCCGGCGGUGUGGUGCCCCCUGGGCGGCACGACGUGUCACCUCCGAGCCUCGCCUCAAACGCGGGGUUUCCCGGGCCCGUGGACGACAUCCAGAGCCCUCCACGGCAGAAGUUGGCCUCGCAAAGUCCGAGGCAGCCAGCGCCGCUGCUGGCAGAGAAGCUGACAAGAGCUUGUCAGGCACGAACAGCGUUGCCGUCGCAAUGGCAGCUGCAACCAGCACCGAGACCAACCGAAUCCAGCGAAGUUAGGCAAACUCCAAUCUGCCAUCCCAGCCCGUUGCAGCCAAGCCUGAGCCGUCAGGGGCAAGCUCAGACGACUCGGGCAGAGCAUUCGCAACAGGCUUCGCAGAGUUCUUGCCAACCCUUCAUCGAGUCUGCCGCAAGCGGUAAAGUGGACGACAUCCAGAGCCCGCCACGGCAGAAGUUGUCGGCAUCCGCCUCGCAAAGUCUGAGGCAGACAGCGCCCCCGCUACUGGCAGAGACGCUGACGAGAGCUUGUCAGGCGCGAGCCAGUCAUUCAACGCAGCCGGGAGUCAGGAGACGGAACCAAGUCCCGGAGCUGGCGACGAGUUUCAAGAGGCUCCAGGCGCAGCCCCAAGCCACGGGGACCGGGUCGGCGCGUAUCGACUGCGAUGGGAGCGACCGGGCCGCGUCCCCGUCCGACGAAUCGCUGGCAUCGGAGCUCCAUCCGUCGAGGCCGCCCCAACGAGACACGUCCUGGACUCCCCAUGCCCUCAGCCGCUGCAAGCAAAUGAGUUCUUCGCGAUCUACAUCCGGCAGCCAGGGACAAGUGGCUUCCGUGGCAACUCCGAGUGGCGCAGGCUUACGCAGGAUGGACCGGGAGGACGACUCCACGACAUCGCUUGGCAGCUUGGGAACUGCCGCCGCCGGGAAGACUGACAGUGGCGCUUUUCCAGCGAACGGCGCGAGCACGGUGAACAACCCGAUGCAUGCAGGCUUUCAGCCCGCACCGAACACCUCCUUUGCACCCGGCAGCAGCGAUGCUUUCGCAAGGCAAGCCUGCGGUGGUGUUGAAUUGCCGAAGACCGGCAGUGGCCCUUUUCCAGCGAACGGGGCGAGCAUGGUGAACAACUCGAUGCAUGCAGGCUUUCAGCCCGCACCGAACACCUCCUUUGCACCCGGCAGCAGCGAUGCUUUCGCGAGGCAAGCCUGCGGCGGUUUUGAAAAAUUGCCGAAUACCGGCAAUGGCCAUUUUCUAGCGAACGGCACGAUCGCGGUGAACAACCCGAUGCAUGCAGGCAUUCAGCCCGCACCGAACACCUCCUCUGCACCCGACAGCAGCCAUGCUUAUGCGAGGCAAGCCUGCGGCGGUGUUGAAUUGCCGAAGACCGGCAGUGGCCCUUUUCCAGCGAACGGGGCGAGCAUGGUGAACAACCCGAUGCAUGCAGGCGCAUCAGAGUUGCCCAUCUUCGACUCGUGCUGGCGACAGGAUGGGACGGCGGCGGCAAUCAGUCCUCGCUUGGUGCGGGGCCCCGCAUCGUUGUUGGAGGACGCCCGGGCUCUCCUUUGCACCCGACCAGGGCAGAUCUACACGGGGGUCCAUGUUCAGCCCCGUGGCAACAUUGACCGUGCCGUGUACCGGGAUGCAAUCCGAGCUCCAGCGCUUUUCGACACGGGCUCUUUCUGGGGCCCCAGGCUGGAGCUCUGUCCUCUCUGGUCAUCCUUGCUCUUCGUGGCCAAGUGUCGACACUGGCCGCCCGACCUGCUAGCCGAGGUCAUGUCUUGGCCCAGUGCCCAGAAAAGAGACGGCGAGAAGGGCGAGCAGGAAGUCUCCUUCAGUGGGGCCCACUACAAGAGUACUCUGGAGCGAUUCGAGGUGCUUCGCAAGGAUUGGGCUGGUGCUCUGCAGAGGCUGGCAGAGAUGUGGGACUUCAACCUCUCGCCGAGUGCUAUUGCCUACACGCAAUGCAUCAGCUGCUGUGCAAGAGCAGGCAAGCUGACGAUGGCUCUUCGUCUUCUGCGUGAGUUGCGAGCGAAACCAGGAAUCGAAACAGAUGUCGUGGCCGUGAACGCCGGUCUGGGCGCCUGCGCACUGCGGGGUGCCUGGCGAGAAGCGUUCCACUUAGCAAGAACGGUGCCCUGCAUGACUUUGCUGCCCUCCGUGGUGACCUGGUCCUCCACGAUCAGCGCCUGCGAGAAAGGUAGCAAUAAUUGGCCUGCAGUCUUCAACAUUUUCAAAGUGAUGCGCGAAUGCAUCAUCCGCCCCAACACCAUCACCUUGAACGCCGGAAUCUCCUCAUGUCGGAACUGUUGGUCGCAAGCACUCUCCUUGGCUGCCGGACAAGGGCCCUCGGCCGCAGAGACGCAAAGAGACCUCCUCAGUUACUCUGCGGCCAUCUCCGGCUGUGAGCGGGGCAGCCAGUGGUCUCAGGCUCUCGAGCUUUUGCAAGCCGUCUCGAAGAUGAGUUUGCGAAGAGACGUUCCGUUCUUCUCAUCGGCAGUCAGUGCCUGUGAGAAGGGCAUGCAGUGGUUGACGACUCUCCAGCUUCUCGACAUGCUCGAGGCACAGCAGCUGGUUCCAGACGUGGUGGUGAUGGGUGCUUGUCAGAGCCAAUACUUGUGGACUUCGGCUCUCCAGCUGCUCGAGGAGCUUCCCGGCCGCUCCCUGGUUCCCAGCCUGGUCUUCUGCAACGCAGCCCUGAGCGCUUGCGCUCCUCGCUGGCGCUGGGCUCUGCAUGUCCUUUCGGCUCUGGGCGCAUGCACACAUCAGCCCGAUCAGCACACGUUCGUGGCGGCCAUUGAUGCCUGCGAACGCGGAGGACACUGGCAGCUGGCCUUGGACCUGCUGCACCGUAUGGUCAGUUCGCACUUGGAGCUGAAUGCCUAUCCCUUCAAUGGGGUGUCCUCUGCUCUUUGCGGCUCCGGACGCUGGGAGCUUGCUCUGGAGUUGAUCUCGCUGAUGUUAAGGCAGGCGCUCCGAACAACUCAUGUUCAACAUGGACUUUCGUCGAAGGGACUGCAGCUCUCGGCCCUGCCAUCCUGGGCAUGUGCUGUGGUGGGCUUCGAGAAGCCUGGAGCACCUGUGUGUGGUGGGCUCUCAGCCUGCGAAGCUCGUUCCAAGGUGGCAGAGUUUCUGGAGUCUCUGCCGCAGGGCUCCGCCGUGCUCCCGUACCAACGCGAGUCGGUGGAGUUCGGCCUGCAACGUGGCGGCCGCGUCUUGCUGGGGGAUGAGAUGGGCCUCGGGAAGACGCUGCAGGCUUUGCUCCUGGCGGCCCAGUACGAGGCCGAGUGGCCCUUGCUGGUGGUGGCUCCGUCCUCCUUGCGCUUUGUUUGGCGUGAGCAGGCUGCGCAGUGGCUUCCCCAUCUUGUGGGUGCAGACGGCGGCCAGGUGCAGGUCAUCAGGACCGGCAAGGACAAAGUCAACAAAUGUGCUCGCGUAGUUGUCACAACUUACGAUCUGCUGCGGCGGAGCGAGUCCUUGCGACGCCGUGCCGAUGGCCGUGACUAUCUUGCAGUCAUCGUGGACGAGUCGCAGAACAUCAAGGAAGCAAGCAGCCAAAGAACCAAAGUCGUGGUCGGGAUUUGCAAGGCUGCACGCCGCGUUCUGCUGUUGAGCGGCACACCUGCUGUGAAUCGAGCGGCUGAGCUCUACACGCAGCUCGAGGCUCUCCUCCCUGCAGAGAUGCCCAGUUUUGCGCAGUUUGCGGAGCGCUUCUGCUACAAGCAGACGCAGAACUUCGGUGGCCGCAGACAGAUCAAGUGGAUCGGAGUGCAGCGUUCAGAAGAGUUGCAUUGUCUGCUGAGCACCGUGAUGAAGAGGCGCCUGAAGAGCCAGGUUCUGCAGCAGCUUCCAGAGAAACGGCGCAUGCGAGUGCCCUUGGACCCCGAGAAGAUGAGCCAGGAGAAGCUUCGCGACGUGGAAAGGCGAACUCGACAAAUGGGAAACGUGGACUUCAGCUCAGGGAACGGGAAGGCUCUGGGAGACACUGCUCAGCUCUUCCGAGACACCGCCGAGGCCAAGUUGGCGGCGGUCCUCGACUACGUUGAACACCUGCUGAGCCUGGAGACCAAAUUCCUGAUCUUUGGUCACCAUCGUCUGGUACUGGAUGCGCUGGAAGACAAGCUGAAGAGGGCACAUUAUGGGUACAUCAGUGCCUGGCCGUGCAGGGCUGCGGCGGAACGGCCAAAGCUCGUCAGCCAGUUCCAGGAGGACAACAAUGUCCGCGUUGCAGUGCUGAGCAUCACUGCCGCGGGGACUGGGCUGACACUUACGGCCGCACAAACCGUUGUCUUCGCUGAGCUCUACUGGGUACCUGGGCAGAUGCAGCAAGCGGAAGAUCGAGCGCAUCGGAUUGGCCAGCGGGACUGCGUCUCUGUCCACUACCUCAUCGCGAAGGAUACUUUGGACGAAGUGCUCUAUAGAACUCUGGAGAAGAAGACCGUCAGCACCACCAGAAUCCUGAAUGGGCAUGGAUCUGGCCUGGACAUGCUGCAGCAUUCGCCGGAAUGCGAUGUCAGCUUAAAGCGCAAAGCGCACAGCAAUCCGGAUACAACAAAAACAGAACAGCUGGAGAAGUGCCGGCGCAGCGAUGCUCUUGGCAUUCCCGGUUGCUGA